ACGGAGGGAGGGAGUAUAAAUUUAGGAGUUAAAGAGGCGGUUGGCUCGAAUAGAAUCGCGGAGAAAUAGCUGAAGGAAAAAGACGACCAGUAACUCUGAAAUCCGGAUCAAGGAACAGGCGGAGUUUCAAUCGUUUGCCGGCAAUUCUUUGACCCAUAUCUGCUUUUACAUGGAAAAAGGGAAGGCCAAGGAAUCCAUUCAGGCUUCUUUACGCAAUCUCCAAUUGAACAAUAAUUCCGGCAAUUCAAGAUCGACCGACGGGUUUUCAAUUGAAAUUAAUCGUCAAUCAGAAUUCUUGAGGUCGAUUAAGGGAAAGACGCCGCCAAGCUUGUUAAAUUUGUGCCUGGGAGUUGUCGGGAGCAAUCUUGAGGACGUUAUUUCUGAUCUAUCUGAGAUUGCCCUUGCUUUCCCGCCCGAUAUUAAGCUGGUGUUGUUGGCUAUUGCAAGAAGAAGAAAAUUGCUCAAUGAUGACGUUCUCAUUGCCUUGGCAGAUAGCUCAUGGGAGAUACUUGAUAUAUCUGGUUCAGAUGUUUCCGAUUCCGGUCUUUGCCGCGCCUUGAAUGCCUGCCAACACUUGAGAGCUGUGGAUAUUAGUCGGUGUAGCAGACUCACGUCAACAGGAGUUUCACAACUUCUUCAGCAUUGUCACUCGCUCGAGAUUUUGAGAUGGGGAGGCUGCCCGAGGAGUGAAAACACCGCCCGGAUAUGCUUGAGUUUCUUAAAGCCUAACCUCAGUAACGUCGAGGGGGAAUCGUGGGAAGAGCUUGACGCCGAAGCGUUGACUCAUGGCGCUCAAUCGCUCCGCUGGCUUGUGUGGCCAAAAAUCGACAAGAAUUCGCAGGAGACGUUAUCCAUAGAAUGCCCACGAAUUGUAGUUAAUCCGAGAUCAUCUCCUUUGGGUUUGAGGGGCAUCGAAAUCCCCCAAGAAGCAUUAAUUCAGUUUGCAUUGGAUGACCCGAUUGUUAAAGACAUCGAUCCAAAAACUUGGGCUGUAUCUGUGUACAUUACAUCUACAUCUACAUCUAGAACGCCUCUCCUACCAGUUUCAUCUUCGACCGACAUGUCCAUAGCUGAAAAAUUUAGGCUAGCGUUCGUAGAGCGAGACAGUCGGUUAGCGCCAAAGAGAGCCAAAAAUGCUCGGCAACAUCAGCGACGCGCCGAGAGGGAACGGUUAAUGAUGGAUACCAGAGCUAAAGCAUUGGUUCUUGCUUCGAAGGCUACAAAAUCUGUCGCGAGGAAUUUGUGAGGGAACUUCUGGAAAACGAAUCAAGGCAAGUGGAAUUUUUGUUCUUUGUGCUUUUUAUUAGUGCAAGGUCGUUUCUUUGGGUCAUCGUGUUGUGCUUGGAAGAUUUAGUGUGAAAUUUAAUCGUCCUGAAUAUGUUUUUCUAAUGUACAGAUGUUCAAUUCCAAUUUCGUAUAUGUUUGUCGAAGAGACCUGCAAUCUCAAGAAAACUAACGAAUCUGAAUGAAUCUUGUAAUUUGGUAAAGAUUGUGAUUGAUUGUCUUGAA